UCUCCCCUGCGUGUAAGUCCUCGCUGGCCAGACCUAGAGCAUCAUGCAAUGAUCCUGCUAACUGCUGUGUGCAGAGCCUGCGUGUCUGUUGCUUUUGUUACUGGAAACCAAGGAACAGCGCCACUUGCUGCAGAGAGCUCUGCCCAGACUGGUGUGAGGAUGGCUUCUGGCUUCCAGGCUCUGGCACGGUGAAGAGCUGAUCUGCAAGCUGAGUCCCCCGAGGGCCAGUGGAAGCACGGAGGCAAAGGAAGAGGUACUAGCAGACAAGCUGUGAUCCCUCACUUUGCAUGUCACUAUAUGAAUGGGAUGCAAGACUCAACCUUUCCUCUUUGGAAGAUAAUUUCCAUAGUAACCUGCUAAAGGGUUUUUGCACUUGAGAAACCUGGGAUAAACAGCACCUGAAAUGGCAUCUACCAGGUAUAUAAAGGAAAUGUAAGUCUCCUCCGAGAUGGGAAGAAGUGAACGAUGCAGAAGACAGCAUUUGUAGCUGAAGAGGCCUCAUUUAGCGGUUGUGUUUUAGAUCGAUAUGCUGAUACUGAAGGCUCCAAGACAGAAUUGCAAGGUUUAUUGCCGGGCUUCAGUAAAUGCAAUCUUUAGCUCAACGCAUGGACUUGGUAAAGUGCAGAGCAGAGUUGUGAUGGAAGAAAAGAAACAUUUGUUUAUUUGUAACUCCCAACUUGUGGAUUAGUUUGCUGUUCUCUACUCCAGAAAGCAAAAGUAGAUGUGAUGGAAUUGUCUUCAGAAAUGAGCAAGCAUGGGAAGAAUCCUAUAAGUCAUAAGCUGGAAGAUCAGAAGAAGAUUUACACUGACUGGGCAAAUCACUACCUUGCAAAGUCUGGUCACAAGAGGCUGAUAAAGGAUUUGCAACAAGAUAUUGCUGAUGGUGUGCUGCUGGCAGAGAUCAUUCAGAUCAUUGCAAAUGAAAAAGUGGAAGAUAUUAAUGGCUGUCCAAAGAGCCAGUCCCAGAUGACUGAGAAUGUUGAUAUCUGUCUGAACUUUCUGGCAGUCCGAGGAGUUAAUGUGCAAGGCCUUUCGGCAGAAGAAAUAAAGAAUGGAAAUCUGAAAGCCAUCUUGGGACUGUUUUUCAGUCUAUCACGUUUUAAACAGCAACAACAUCAGCAGCAGCAGUAUUAUCAGUCAUUGGUGGAGCUCCAGCAACACGUGACUCACUCCUCCCCGCCUGCUGAAGGCAAUCAGCCCAAAACACAGCAAGAUAUGCAGUCCAGUCUGGCAGCCAGAUACGCACCUCAGUCUAAUCACAGUGGGAUUGCAACAAGUCAAAAAAAGACUACUAGACUUCCAGGACCUUCCAGGGUGCCAGCUGCAGGCAGCAGUACCAAGGUUCAGGGAACAGUUAAUUUAAAUAGAAGAAGUCAGAGCUUUAACAGCAUUGACAAAAACAAACCACCUCAAUAUGCAAAUGGAAAUGAAAAAGAAUCACCAAAAGGCCCUCAACAGUCUGCAGGCAUGAAUGGAAAUGUGCAAUAUUCCACUAGCUCUGGUCAGCAAGUGGUCUCUGCCAUACCCUCUCCAAGUGCCACUAAGCCCUGGCGCAGUAAGUCCAUGAAUGUUAAACAUAGUGCCACUAAUACCAUGCUCUCUGUCAAGCAACCCAGUCCUGCAACGUCUCCCACGCCCUCCCCUGACAGACUAAAGCCCCCAUUCUCUGAAGGAAUUAAAACCGCGUCUUCGGGGCAAAAAUCAAUGCUUGAAAAAUUUAAACUAGUCAACACUAGGGUUAGUAUGAGGUCUUCACCAUCAAAUGAAGUCAUUAUUGAGGAUGAUGCCUUAUCAGAUUGUGGAGAAGAUGAUGUCAGUUCUGCCUUGAACAGCCCUAAAGUGUCGCCCAAAUUGACUCCUCCAAAGGCUGGAAGCAAAAAUCUCAGCAAUAAAAAGGGUUUGCCUCAGCCAAAGGAAAAAGAAGAGAAAAGUAGGGAAAAAACUAAAUCAAAUGCAGAAAAAUGUGCUAAAGAAGAAAAGGAACUGCAAUCUGAAGGAUCCAAAAAGAGCUCUAAAAUCGCAAGCUUGAUCCCCAAAGGAAACAAAUCUGCUGCAGUUAAAAAGGAGAGUUUGAUUCCUUUAUCAAGUGGAAUCCCUAAACCGGGGUCAAAAACGCCAGCAACAAAACAGACCACACCCCCAGGUGCUGCACAUGCAAAAGAGACAGAAAAAAGUAGGACUACCAAAGGCAGUCAAACUGUGCCAACACAAAAAACCCCAGCCAAUGAAAAAGUAGCUACACCUAUUGAGGGGAAGGUCUCCGCUUCUUCCACUGGUCACCCGGCUACAACAGGCUCUUCUGGUGCUGGUGUCCAGUUCACAGGGAAUGGGGCAGUUCAGCUGCCCCAGCAGCAGUACACUCAUCCUAAUACUGCAACUGUGGCACCAUUCAUAUACAGAACACACUCAGAAAAUGAGACCACUGCCUUACCACCUGCUGAUUCCUGCACAAGCCCGACUAAAAGUGAAUCAUUGUACAGUAAGACCGCCAAACAGUGCCUGGAGGAGAUAUCUGGUGAAGACCCAGAAACACGGAGAAUGAGAACUGUAAAGAAUAUAGCAGAUCUUAGGCAAAAUCUAGAAGAAACUAUGUCUAGUUUACGUGGGACUCAGAUAAGUCACAGCACACUUGAGACAACUUUUGAUAGCACAGUGACAACAGAAGUAAGUGGAAGAAGUCUACCAAGCUUGACAAGUCGGUCAUCUACUGUAACAUGGAGACUUGGACAGUCUAGCCCAAGGCUCCAAGCAGGAGACGCCCCAUCUUUUGUUGGUUCUUAUCCUCGAAGUAAUACUGGACGCCUCAUCCAUACUGAUCCAUCGCGCUUCAUGUACACCACUCCUCUUCGCCGCGCCGCAGUUUCUCGAUUUGGAAACCUAUCGCAAGUUGACAUCUGUGAGAAGGGAAACCAUGACCUUGACAUGUCUUCGGAUAUAGAUGUAGGAGGCUACAUGAGUGAUGGCGACAUUCUUGGAAAGAGCCUUAGAGCUGAUGAUAUUAACAGCGGGUAUUUAACGGAUGGUGGGCUCAACCUAUACACGAGAAGUCUUAACAGGAUACCAGAUCUUGCAAUGUCUCGUGAUGUUAUUCACAGAGGGGUGCAUGAUGUUGCUGUAGAUGUAGACAGCUGGGAUGACAGCAGUUCUGCUAGCAGUGGCCUUAGUGACACACUUGAUAACCUCAGCACAGAUGACCUAAAUACAUCUUCUGUUGGUUCCUAUUCCAACUCUGUGUCUCCUCGAAAAACUGCUCAAACACAGCUAAAAACAGAUGCUGAGAAACGUGCUUUGACAGGUACUGAACCAUGGUGCAAUGAUGAGUUGAAAAAACAAGAUGACGACUAUGACUGCAGCCUUGAGACCAGCAAAUGGAAAGGGCAUUCAUCUGGACUUUCCGAAGACUCAGAUAAAGCAGGACAAAAAUCUCUAUCCAUCUCGCAGACUGGGUCAUGGAGGCGAGGAAUGACUGCUCAAAUCAGCUCAUCAUCAUCAUCAAGACAUAAAUCUGGAAGUAGCUCUCUAAAAACACCAGGAAAGACAGAUGAUGUAAAAGCUUCAGAGAAAGUAAAAACACCACUUAAAGGUGGUCCACUUCAACGCUCUCCAUCAGAUGCUGGAAAAAGCAGUGGUGACGAAGGGAAAAAGCCACCUUCUGGAAUUGCAAGACCAACAGCUACUGGCUCAUUUGGAUUUAAGAAGGCUGGGGUUGGAUCUUCUAACAUAAGUGGAAGUGGAGUAACCAUUACUAGUGGUUCAGCAACUCUUGGGAAAAUGCCUAAAUCAUCAGGAAUUGUGGGAAAAGGUGAUGGAAGGAAAACUAGUCUUGAUGGGUCACAGAAUCAAGAUGAUGGAGUGUUGCUAGCCAACUCCAAAGCAACCCUGCAGUACCGCAGUUUACCACGUCCUUCAAAGUCCAAUACAAGUGGUAUUCCAGGCAGGGGAGGACACAGAUCAAGCACCAGUAGCAUUGACUCCAAUGUCAGUAGCAAAUCAGCUGGUGCAGCAGGCAACAAACUGAGAGAGCCCUCAAAGAUUGCAUCAGAACGUUCCAGUCCCAUAACAAUCAAUCAGACAGACAAGGAGAAGGAAAAAGUGUCAGACUCAGAAAGUGUGUCUCUAUCAAGUUCUCCUAAAUCUAGCCCAACAUCAACCAGCGCCUGUGGUACUCAAGGCCUGAGGCAGCCAGGAUCAAAAUAUCCCGAUAUUGCUUCGCCAACAUUCCGGAGAUUGUUUGGCACAAAAACAGGAAAUAAACCUUCUGCUGCUGCUUCGAGUAGUGAUGGUGUAAAAUCAACUACCGUGAUGUCUAGUCCUAGCAACACUUCUCUGGCCAGACAGGGUAGUUUAGAUUCCCCUUCCUCUGGUACUAGCAGCAUGGGCAGCUCUGGAGGGCAAAGUGGAAGCAUCAGCCCUUUGUUUAGCAAAGCCAAUGAGUUAACGCCAGAUGUCAUAAGCCUGGGUCAUUCCUUGGCCUCCAGCCCAGCAUCGGUUCAUUCGUUUACAUCAGGUGGCCAAGUGUGGACAGCAAACCUCAGCAGCUCUUCUGCUGGAAGUAAAGAUACUCCUAGCUACCAGUCCAUGACAAGUCUACACACCAGCUCAGAGUCCAUUGAUUUACCUCUCAGUCAUCAUGGUUCACUAUCUGGAUUGACCACAAGUACACAGGAGCUUCAAAGCAUGCUAAUGAGGACUGGUAGCGUCAGAUCAACUCUCUCAGAAAGGGGUUAUCUUUAUCUUAACAGUUUGCAACUUGACCGAAACACCCUGCCCAAAAAGGGACUAAGGUAUACUCCCUCAUCUCGCCAGGCCAGCCAGGAGGAGGGUAAAGAGUGGUUGCGUUCUCACUCUACAGGAGGCCUACAAGAUACAUGCAGCCAAUCUCCUGUUGUCUCCCCAUCAGGCAUGUCCUCCUCUGCCAGUGGGAAAUAUCACUACUCCAAUUUGGUAAGCCCAACCAAUCUAUCCCAAUUUACAAUUCCUGGACCAAGCAUGAUGAGGUCCAAUAGCAUUCCAGCACAAGAUGCUUCCUUUGAGUUAUAUGAAGACUCGCAGCUGGGAGGAAGUGCUAACUCAUUAGAGGACAGGCCAAGAACAAUUAGUCACUCAGGUUCCUUUAGAGACAGCAUGGAAGAAGUACAUGGAUCCUCGUUAUCCCUUGUUUCCAGUACAUCAUCUCUUUACUCCACUGCUGAAGAAAAGGCACAUUCAGAGCAGAUACAAAAAUUGCGUCGUGAGCUGAUAGCGUCACAAGAAAAAGUUGCGACUCUGACUUCCCAACUUUCUGCAAAUUCUCAUUUGGUGGCAGCUUUUGAAAAGAGCUUAGGAAAUAUGACUGGACGGCUACAAAGCUUAACAAUGACAGCUGAACAAAAGGAAUCUGAGCUUAUCGAACUUCGGGAGACAAUAGAGAUGCUGAAAGCUCAAAAUUCGGCAGCACAGGCUGCAAUACAAGGAGCGCUUAAUGGUUCCGAUCACAGUCACAGUCAUAGAGCAGAGACGCGAAUAAGAAGGCAGCACUCCUCUGAGAGCGUUUCUAGCAUCAACAGUGCCACCAGUCAUUCUAGCAUUGGAAGCAGCAAUGAUGCGGAUUCCAAGAAAAAGAAAAAGAAAAACUGGGUGAACUUCAAUAAAAGUGAGCUGAGAAGCUCUUUUAAACAAGCCUUUGGCAAGAAAAAAUCCAACAAACAUCCGUCUUCCCACUCAGAUAUUGAAGAGCUUACAGAUUCAUCAGUACCAUCCUCUCCAAAAUUACAGCAUAAUUCAGAGGAUGCAAUUUCCUCUGCAAUGAAACUAUCCCAGUCCAACUCAGAGUCCUCUUUAAUCUGGGUACCAAAGAAACGCCAAAAUGGCCAUGUGAUGUACAAGCAUAAAUCUCGUAUCUGUGAAUGCACUGAAGCAGAAACUGAAAUGAUCCUGCAGCUAAAGGGUGAACUUCGAGAAAAGGAGCUAAAACUAACAGACAUUCGCCUUGAGGCGCUCAGCUCUGCACAUCACCUUGACCAAAUCAGAGAAGCAAUGAACCGCAUGCAGAAUGAAAUUGAAAUCCUGAAAGCUGAGAAUGACAGGCUGAAGGCUGAAACCACUACCCCGGGAAAAAUGGCACAACCUUCCUCUGAAUCAUCCAGUUGCACCUCAUCAUCCUCUUCCCGUCAGUCACUAGGUCUUUCAUUAAAUAAUCUAAAUAUAGCAGAAACUAUAGCAACAGAUAUCUUACUAGAUGAUGUAAAAGAUGGAACAUACCACAAAGAUAGCCGCAGUGUUAAAAUCAUUGUCUCUAUUAAUAGAGGAUAUGGACGGACCAAGGAUGCAAAAUGUCAUCAAUAUUUAAUAGGAUCUAUUGGUGUCAGUGGGAAGACUAAAUGGGAUGUUCUAGAUGCAGUCAUUAGACGUCUCUUUAAGGAAUAUAUAUACCGGGUGGAUCCAGCUUCUAAUUUGAGCUUAACCUCAGAUGCUAUCACCAGCUACAAUAUUGGUGAUCUAGUUAGAUCAAAUUAUACAGAAGUGCCUGAAAUGCUACCUUGUGGUUAUCUGGUAGGAGACAAUAAUAUCAUCACUGUGAACCUUAAAGGUGUGGAAGAAAACAGCUUGGACAGUUUUGUUUUUGAUACCCUUAUUCCUAAACCAAUUACUCAGCGCUACUUUAAUUUAUUGAUGGAACAUCACAGGAUUAUUUUAUCCGGACCCAGCGGAACAGGAAAGACAUAUCUAGCUAACAAACUUGCUGAAUACGUUGUAAAUAAAAGUGGCAGAAAGAAAAUUGAGGAGGCAAUUGCAACCUUUAAUGUGGAUCACAAAUCAAGCAAAGAGUUGCGACAGUACCUAGCCAAUCUUGCAGACCAGUGCACAGACCUCCCGCUAGUGAUAAUACUUGAUAAUCUUCACCAUAUAGGAUCUCUGAGUGACAUUUUCAAUGGAUUUUUAAACUGUAAAUAUAGUAAAUGUCCCUACAUUAUUGGAACAAUGAAUCAAAGUAUUUCAUUGUCCCCAAAUUUAGAACUACACCACAAUUUCAGGUGGGUAUUAUGUGCUAACCACACGGAUCCAGUUAAAGGUUUCCUCGGAAGAUACUUAAGAAGGAAACUUAUUGAAAUGGAAAUAGAAAACAAUAUGAGAAACAAUGACCUCAUAAAAAUAAUUGAAUGGAUUCCUAAGGCAUGGCACCACCUCAACAGCUUCCUGGAGACACAUAGUUCCUCUGAAGUCACUAUUGGUCCCCGCCUAUUCCUUUCUUGCCCGAUGGACGUGGAUGGGUCUAGAAUAUGGUAUACAGAUCUUUGGAAUUAUUCUGUAAUUCCAUAUCUCUUGGAAGCAGUGAGAGAAGGACUUCAGAUGUAUGGUAAACGGGCCCCAUGGGAAGAUCCAGCAAAGUGGAUAUUGGACACAUUCCCAUGGAAUACUGCUUUAUCUCUCCGUGAAUGCCCAGCUUUACUACAGCUGCGACCAGAAGAUGUAGGAUAUGAUGGAUAUGCCACUGCCAAAGAGGGAACAACCUCCAAAAAUGUGCCAGAAGGGGAAAAAGAGGGUGACCCAUUGAUGAAUAUGUUAAUGCGGCUUCAAGAAGCAGCCAAUUUUUCAAGUGGACAAAGCUGUGACAGUGACGGUACAAGCCACCAUGAUGAAAUCUUAGAUCCUUCACUUGAAUCCACACUCUAAUGGGUCACUUUUGUCAGCGUAUGGUUAGACAAUGGUUUUGUCCAACAAAUCACUGCCAGUACAAAAGCAGCACAAUGCCACACCCGUAUCAGGAUAACGUGCUCUUAGGCAGGUAACUUGGUCCUGAAUAGAAGUCAGGUGGGAAAAAAAGUAAUGAGAAAGCUUGAAUUAGCUUCAUUUCAAGGCAUGUCAUUAUAAAUGGAGCACAGUGAACUGGAAAAGGCCCUAGAUUAAGGGCAAAGAAGCAGAUUGCACAUUGGUUAGCCAAACUGGAAUUGUUUUGUUUAUGUAAAGGUUUACAGCACAGAUGUGUAUUUAAUGUGUGUUCUUUUUUUUAUUUUUACAUUAUGUAUCCGUUGUGCAGUGUUUUUAGUCCACAUGAAACUCUGAUGUAAGGCAUAGUGCCGGACACAUGAUUACAUUAGUGAGAUUGUUGUGUACUGCCUCCAAACUAGGUGAUGGUCGUAAGAAAAGCACAAAAUAGAUUUGUGCAACUACCAGAAAAUCUACUGUGAUAUACUGGAUAAGUGCCAAUUGUAAAUCCGAACUGCCAUGCUCACAAUUCUGAACUCCCCGUGUUGAAACACUUUUUGCAAAGGUCUUCAUUGCCACUAAGGUGUUUUUGGAACCACCUGCCUCCCGCUGAAUUAUUUUAUAUGGAUGAUUAUUAAGGCUCCCUUUAAAGUUCCAUUUAUGUGGGCCUUGUCAAUAAAGUAAGAAGAGCAAAAAAGAGUCAUAUGGUGCUGUCUUACUGCCUUAAAAAUAUCUCUCGAUAGUCUCUUUACAGUCAGAUGUCUGAAACCACUGAUCUAUUCCUGCAACAUUUCCUUUCUCCAUUUACUAUGGAAUAGCAUAUAUAGCACAGUGCCCUAAUGUAUGUUCUUUUAUAAAGAUGAAAAUGAUAACUGUAUACUCAAGCGUUCUUUUUAUUUUUUAAUUCACUUUGUAAAUGUAUCCUCUUAAAUACAGGUAAAUAACAGCACACGUCUGCCAUCACUUUAAGACUGAAAAAAAGGUGGUUUGAAAACUUUUAGGUAAUUGUUUUCUUUUGUUGCUUGCUUUUACGUUGAGUAAAUUUCCAGCAGAGCCGGAACCACUUAAUGAGGCACAAGCACAAAUAUUUUUUUUGUCCCUUUUGUUCUUAUAGUUUUAGACAUGUUUGAACUUGAAUUACACCUGGUAUAAAUGGGGUUCUCAGUGUCAAGUAAGACUGAGGCGGUGGAGAAUUUUUAAUAUAAAAUGAAUUGGUUUUGCACAGAUUGGGUGUUGUAUACCAAAAUAAUGAGAAUACAACGCCUUGCACCAUUAAAAAAAAAUAAAAAAAAUCAGACAAAAUAAAUUUGUAUUUUAACUUGGUGUGUAUUUCAUGAAAAAGUAAUCCAUACAUUGUAAACAAAUACCAAUGCAAACUGUUUUCCUGGUGUGUUUGUCCUGUACUUACAGUUGUUAUGACUAUGCAGGAGAUACAAUGCUGCAGUCAGCAUGUUUCAAAAACUAUAUGUGGAGUCAAUAUAUUACAUGGAGAUAAAAUGCUUUGAACAGAUUGCAUGAGACUGGAUUAAUAACAGAGUUGGAAAUGUAAAUAAACCAACACAAUUAAUAAACAUGAUGAAUUAAGGGCUAUGGCAUUGUGUAGAAAAUGUGAAACAGAUGCUACCUUUAACAUCAAUAAACUGGUGCUACAGUAUAGUGGCCGCCAUUUUGGUCAUCUACACUUAUUAUUAUACAGGAAUAAAGCUACAGAAUAGGCUUUUCCUACACGGUGCUAUUGCCCAAAUGCACAGCUUAAUCAUGUUGUUCAUGUAAAAACUCAUUUUGAGUUGGAGAUUUGGAUAUAACCAAUAUUUAAUAUGACAAGAUAUAUAUAUUAACAACUGGCUCCAAAUGUCUUGUUUUCAUUUAUUAUAUGUGGUCUGAACAAGAGUGCAAAUCUUUUCCUGACUUUUUCUGAUAUGCACACCAGACAUUACCAUGCACAAACCUUCCUGCAAUACAUCUCAGUGAGUACAUGUAGUUUACAACAAAGGAAAAAAAAAAUGUUUGUUGAACAUUUGUCUGUAUACAUUUUAUAUUUUGUACAUUUUUGAUGUAACAUAUCAUGUAAAUAGACAGAAGCAGUGAAAUAAUUCAUCUGGAAAGUUUUGUAGUCUUUGUAAAGCCCUUAUAAUAAGUUUUGGUGUAUUCAAAAUUAAUUGAAUGAUGUAUUUUCUAUAAGUUGAUUGUUCUCCUAGCUUGUAAACCAGCUUGCAUCUAUUUUUUGCAGAUGUGCGCAGUGUAUCUGUCUAAAUUAUUACUUUGCCAU